UCUCAGCAACACAGAGCUUCCUGAAAUCAAUAAGACUGCUUCUUCUGGUGAAGAUUUCUGUACAAACUCAUCACAAUGCCACUGAACACUAAAAAUUCAUCAAACUAUAAAGACAUGAUCUCCGAAAGUGAUCUGAUCCAUUCAGGACCUCCUGCUGUCUACCAGCUGAGAACAAAGACAGAGAACGCUGGAAAUUUGACAAGAAUGAUUGUUGGAGAAAAAAAUCCACGUAAGCCAAAUAAAACCAUCUUACUUGUGGGAGAAACAGGAGCAGGGAAAUCUACUCUGAUCAACGCUCUGUUUAACCACACCAUGGGAGUGAAAUGGGAGGAUGAAGUCUGGUUUCAGAUUGUAAAGGAGAAGUUUCCUGUGUUAAGUCUGGAGAAGAAAACUCAAACAGAAGGACAAAUAAGAAGUCAGACAUCAAAUGCGAUGGUGUACGAGAUCUUUGGUUUUAGGAAUGAAACUCUGCCCUACUCCCUGACUGUCAUCGAUACUCCUGGAUUUGGAGACACCAGAGGACAAGAAUAUGAUGACAUCAUCAGUGAAAGAUUAUUGGAGUUGUUUGGAUCAGAGGGUGGAGUCCAUGAAGUUCAUGCAGUGGGACUCGUGAUGAAGGCAACAGAUAAUCGACUGACUGACCGACUGAUGUACGUCUUAGAUUCAAUGAUGUCUCUGUUUGGAAAUGACCUGGAGAAAAACAUUGUAGCUCUCAUCACACACUCAAAUGGAAGGAAAGGAAAGGCCAUACAGAUUCUUAAGGCUGCAAACGUUAAAUGUGCUAAAAAUGAGAGGAAUGAGCCUGUUUACUUCCUGUUUGAUAACUGCCAGGAUGAAGAGCGAACAGAGGAAGAAGAAGAAGAAGAAGAUCUCCAACAUGCUGAUAAGAUUUCAGCACAUGGGAUGAGAAAUUUCACAGACUUUCUGGAAAAAACAGAGCCUCAAAAAUUACAAACAACAGCUGAAGUGUUGAAUGAACGAAUAAGUCUGCCAGCCUGCAUCCAAAACUUGAAAGACAGAAUCAAACUGACUGAACUGAAACAGACAACAAUCAAACAGAUUCAAGAUGUUCUGAAGAAACAUGAAAAAGAGAUGAACAAGAAUGAGAAGCUUACUGUAGAAAUUGAUGAGGUCUAUAAAGAUAAAGAACCCAUUGAUGUUUACAGGAACACUAAAUAUUCAUCAAACUAUAAAGACAUGAUCUCCGAAAGUGAUCUGAUCCAUUCAGGACCUCCUGCUGUCUACCAGCUGAGAACAAAGACAGAGAACACUGGAAAUUUGACAAGAAUGAUUGUUGGAGAAAAAAAUCCACGUAAGCCAAAUAAAACCAUCUUACUUGUGGGAGAAACGGGAGCAGGGAAAUCUACUCUGAUCAACGCUAUGUUUAACUACACCAUGGGAGUGAAAUGGGAGGAUGAAGUCUGGUUUCAGAUCAUAGAGGAGGAGAACAAAAAUCAGUUUAAAACUCAGACAUCUGGUGUUAUCGUGUACGAGAUCUUUGGUUUUGAAGAUAAAAUUCUGCCCUACUCUCUGAUCAUCAUCGAUACUCCUGGAUAUGGAAACACGUCAGGCUUUGAACAUGAUGACGUCAUCAGUCAAAGAUUAUUGGACUUGUUUGGACCAAAGGAUGGAGUUCAUGAAGUUCAUGCAGUGGGUCUGGUGAUGAAGGCAACAGAUAAUCGACUGAGUGACCGACUGAAGUACAGCUUAGAUGCAGUGAUGUCUCUGUUUGGAAAAGACUUGGAGAAAAACAUUGUAACUCUCAUCACACACUCAAAUGGAAAAAAACCUAAAAACUCUCUUCAAGCUCUCGAAGCUGUGAAAAUUAAAUGUGCUAAAAAUGAGAAGAAUGAGCCUUUUUACUUCCUGUUUGAUAACUGUCAGCAAGAAGAGCGAACAGAGGAAGAAAAAAAAGAUCUCCAACAUGCUGAUAAGAUUUCAGCACAUGGGAUGACCAGUUUCACAGGCUUUCUGGAAAAAACAGAGCCUCAAAAACUGGAGAUAACUGUUAAAGUUUUGAAUGAACGUAGCAGUUUGCCAUCAUGCAUCCAAGACCUGCUCAAGAAAAUCAAACUGACUGAACUGAAACAGACAGAAAUUAAACAGAUUCAAAAUGCUCUGGAGAAACAUGAAGAAGAAAUGGAUGGGGGGUUCACUGUAGAAAUUGAUGAGGUCUAUAAAGAUAAAGAACCCAUUGAUGGUGGGAUGUGGUUGUUUUUUUAUCAAGGAGCUGUCUGCUGUACAGUCUGUGAGGAAACCUGUCACUAUCCUGGAUGCACAAAGGCCUGGUAUCCUAAAUACUGUGAGGUCAUGAAAGAUAACCACUGCACUGCUUGUACCAACAAGUGUCCUGCGUCAGAUCAUGUGAAAGAAAAGUGGAGAUAUGUGACUAAGACAAAGAAAACUCAGAUGACAAUGGGAGAAAUAAAAAAGAAAUACGAGAAGGAAAAAAAAGAAAAUGAGAGUCUUUUGGAAAAUCUUAAAAAGGAAAUGAGCCAAAUGACAGCAGAGAAGUCCCAGUUCCUGGAUGAGUCCUACCAACAUGUUGUCAGACUGGGGCAGAUCGCUCUGAAAGCCGAUUCAGCAUCCACUAUUGUCCACUUCGACUUCCUGAUUGAGAAGAUGAAGGAGGAAGGAGACACAGACAAGGUCCAGAAACUGGAGGAGAUGAAAAGGAGAGUGGAUGAAGGAACAGCUCUUCUGAGAAAAUAG